AUGGCAUUGGCCUUUGUCGCCCCAGUGGGACCAGGCCUGCGGAGCCCUUCUGCGCCUGUGCAUGCCGCACGGACCCCCGCGGCAUCGUUGGCACCCCAGCUGCCGGUCACAUUCGGUCUGGCGGCCGGCACAGCCUUCGUUGCUGUGAAGGCCGCAACAACCCGUGGCCCUCGUCGCAGCCGCGUCGCCCGGCGUGGCUGGGGUGAUGAUGUCACCUUCUACGAGGCUUCAGUGGCUUCCAAUGUGGAGGCGGCAGAAGGUCUCCGACUGAUCUCCGUAACUGCGGGAGAGGAUGUGUCGAAGCCAUACCAGCGCGGUGGGCAGUUUGUACAAGCAAAGGCAGACGAUGAGGCCAAGCCAUCCUUCUACGCCAUUUCAAGCGCCCCGGGGAGCGGAGACCUCGAGUUCCUCAUCAAGGAGGCGGAGUCCAACGCCUGGAUCACCGAAGCCAAGGCCGGCGAUCUGGUGAAGCUAAGCCCAGCCAUGGGCAAAGGCUUCGACGUAGGCUGCGAAGCCUGGAAGGAGGGCGGCGUCAAGCAGGUGAACAUCUUCGCCACCGGCUCCGGUGUCGCACCGAUGAGGGCAGUCAUCGAGUCCGACGCUUUGAAGGGCAAGACAUGCCGCCUCUACUAUGGCGCAAGGACUGAAUCAGGAAUGGCCUAUGCAGAUCGAUUUGGAGUGCUCCUGCCCCGGCCUUUGAGAAUCCGUACCGACUUGUGUGCGAAGCUGAUGGCCAUGCAAGCCAACAAUGCCGACCACCCGGCCAACUUGGCGGAUGGUUCCUUCCGAGCUGCACGAGCCUUGCAAGGCACGCUGCGAGCCAAGCAACCUGGGCAGGCCUGGUCCUUUUUGCGCAAGAUGUUGCUCGAGGCCGACCUUGAAGCAGACGCAGAGAGGCAGUUCCUGGAGGCAAAGAAACUCUGGCAGCCUUGCCGACGCUUCCUCGCAAAGAGGGGUACUCAGAAACUGGUUUUGGGCUGA